AUGAUCGUACACGGCCAUAGGUCGUUUGCCGCAGAUCACAACACGUACAACCAAUACCCAAUGAAAGCUAGCAAAGGAAGGAAGAGUUUAUUGUCAAGUAUGAAGCAACUAAGGCGAUUGGCUCCACUAGUACUUGGAGUCGGGGGCGCACUGGCCGCACCUGAAGCUGCGGUAACACUUGACGAAACAGUAAUAGGGAGGGAGAUCGAGCUGAGGGAGAUCGGGAGAGGUGCUGUAGCCGUUGCACCCGGGGGCGAGGCUUGGCUUGGGGCUUGGGACGUGAUUGCGGGUAUAGACGACCCCAACGAGGCAGGACUAGAAGGCGCAGCGCCCGAGUUGGAGGUUGAAGCAGUCCCAGCGGGCACCGAGGCUGUCGACACUCGCGUGGUAGUCGCCAUAGUGCUAGCGAUGACACGAUUAGCGUCUUGGCCUGGAAGUGUCAAUUUAGGGAUCGGUUGGCCGGCCCUUGAACACGCCGCAAACAAGGCUAUUGAUGAAGGGAGUGGUUGA